AUGCAAUUCUCAAAAGUUUUAGCUUCAUUAGCUUUAGUUGCUUCAAUCAACGCUAAAUUCCACAACGAUACUGAUGGUGCCGUUGUCUCAAACUCAACUGGUGCUGCUGCUAACUCAACUGGUGGUGCCGGUGCUGGUAACUCAACUGGUGGUGCCGGUGGUAACUCAACUGGUGGUGCCGGUGGUAACUCAACUGGUGGUGCUGGUAAUAGGUCAGGUAAUGCUGGUGCAGUUGCAAACGCUAACGUUUAUGGUGCUGCUGCUUUAGUUGCUGCUGGUGUUGCUUUAUUAUACUAG